AGAUUUCCUUUUUCUUCUUUUAUGUUCAUUUUAAGGUCUUGGCGGCGAACACUUCAGCCCACCGAGCGAAUAAAAAAAACCCUAAUUUCGAUUCCAAUCGGUAUAAAAAUCCACAAAUUCACUUGAUAAUUCACAAUAAUCUCUCUCGAUCAACAACGAAGCUCGCAAAGCCCUCGUCUCGCUCUUCCUAUCUUCCCUUCUUUAUCUUUGUUUUCUGUUUGGUUUUUAUCUUUCUAUCUAAUCCUCUUUUGUUUUACAGGAUUAUCUAUCUUUUUUGUUAUUUGUUUUUGUUUUUUGGUAUUGACAUCAUGGAUGCAGGAUCAGUAAACUCUUCUUCGAACUUGAAAUCACAAUCUCGAUUCCCACUUCAAGAGCAGAUUCCUCAGAGAAAGAGUUCUAAAGAAAACUUGGAUAGAUUUAUUCCGAAUCGGUCAGCAAUAGAUUGGGACUAUGCGCAUUACAUGCUAACUGAAGGUAAGAAAGGAAAAGAGAACCCUUUAGACUGCUCACCAUCAAGAGAGGCCUACAGAAAGCAACUGGCAGAAACUUUGAACAUGAACCGGACUCGAAUUCUAGCUUUCAAGAACAAGCCUCCUGCUCCUGUUGAAUUGAUCCCACAAGAGCACAUUUCCUCAUCUCACCUCCAGACUAAACCCACUAAGCCGCGCAGAUACAUUCCACAAAGUUCUGAGAGGACAUUGGAUGCUCCAGACCUUGUUGAUGAUUUCUACCUGAACUUACUGGAUUGGGGCAGCAGCAAUGUUCUAGCUAUAGCGCUUGGAAACACAGUGUAUUUGUGGGAUGCUUCUGAUGGUUCUACCUCAGAACUUGUGACCAUUGAUGAGGAAAUUGGUCCUGUUACCAGUGUCAAUUGGGCUCCUGAUGGACGCCACAUUGCCAUUGGCUUGAACAAUUCUGAGGUUCAGUUAUGGGAUUCUGCUGCUAAUAGACAGCUAAGAACGUUGAGAGGUGGCCACAGAUCACGAGUUGGGUCACUGGCAUGGAACAACCAUAUCCUUACGACUGGAGGAAUGGAUGGCCAAAUAAUUAACAAUGAUGUGAGAAUUAGAUCACACAUUGUGGAGACCUAUAGAGGACACCAACAAGAAGUUUGUGGGCUUAAAUGGUCAGCUUCUGGCCAACAAUUAGCAAGUGGAGGCAAUGAUAACCUUGUUCACAUAUGGGAUAGAUCCUUGGCAUCGUCAAAUUCAGCUACACAAUGGCUUCACAGGCUUGAGGACCAUACUUCUGCAGUGAAAGCUCUCGCUUGGUGUCCAUUCCAAGGAAAUUUGCUGGCCACUGGAGGAGGUGGUGGUGAUAAGUGCAUAAAAUUUUGGAAUACACACACUGGUGCUUGCUUAAACUCAGUGGACACUGGCUCUCAAGUCUGUUCUCUAUUGUGGAGCAAGAAUGAGAGGGAACUUCUCAGCUCUCAUGGAUUUACUCAGAAUCAGCUCACGCUUUGGAAAUAUCCAUCAAUGGUGAAAAUGGCAGAACUUACUGGCCACACAUCUAGAGUCCUUUUCAUGGCUCAGAGUCCAGAUGGUUGCUCAGUGGCAACAGCAGCAGGCGAUGAAACACUUAGAUUCUGGAAUGUUUUUGGGGUUCCUGAAGUGGCUAAACCUGCUCCAAAAGCAAAUCCCGAGCCAUUUUCCCAUUUGACUCGCAUCCGCUGAACAGAUUUGGAUAGAAGUUGGGAUACUUGCAUGGUGCCUAGUGAUUCGGAGAGAUACCAGCCUAGUGAUUCGGAGAGGAAGAACUAAACAAAAAAGCACCUUGAGUUUCUUUUCAGACCAAACUUUGCCAAGGGUAAAGUAGAAGUUUGGUGUCAAUUGCCCAUGGCCCUUAAUGCGAAGUAACAUUGAAGAACCUACAUCCUACAAACCAAUGAAGUGGCUCAGUGUUAGAAUCAUUUUCGAGUCAUGACAGAACCAAAUGAUGAAAAAAAAAAAAAGAGCCAAUUUAGUUUUGUAGAAGAGUGAAUGUACCUUUUUAAUAUAGAAGCAUUCAGAUUCUUUCUCCGUGGAUGUAGUCACUCUCAUGUGACGAACCACGUAAAUUUGUUUAUUCUUUCUCAUCUUUUCUUUUACUCGAUCUUUUUAUUUAUUUAUUUAUCCCAGAUUGGUUCUUUUUAAGUUUUUUAAAAUGGAUAAGUUACAGAAA